AGUAGUACCAGUAGUAGUGUGGUAACUAUGUGACCAACAGACAUCAUGGCACCAACCCAGGGACAUCCUCCUGUAAGAGACAUAAAUACAGGAAGGAAGGCCAUACAUCCCUCCAGUCCUUCCUCCAGCCGUUUAUGAAUGAAAUCCUUUCAUGCGUCUGACUGAUUUCAAAUCACAGAAAAAAGGGAAGGUGAAAAGGGGAAGUAAUAAAUUUCCUCAAACUUGAAACUUUCCUUGGUGUGGUCAUCCAGCUUCUUCCUUCCGUUUCUUAUCAACCACCAAACCCACAACAGUUUUUUAUAGCUGCAUAUAAAAAUAAAAUAUAUCAAAAAUGGUAUUAGAUCAAAAUGAGAACUUCACCACCAUAAUUUCAAACCUCACAACCCCGGUCCCUGGUGGUGGGGGAGGUGGCGGCUGCCCACCGGUCGGUAUCCAGCUGGAGGGUGUGAUCCUGCCCCCAGUCCUCACCAUUGAUGUGAUACUGGGACUGCUUGGAAACAUCGUUGCCUUGUGGAUCUUCUGCUUCAAACUGAAGACCUGGAACCCCAACAACCUGUUCCUCUUCAACCUGGUUAUUGCUGACUUCUUUGCUCUGGUGAGUCUCCCACUGAGAAUCGAUGCCUUGCUCAGGGGCCACUGGGUAUUUGGAGAUGGCUUGUGUCGGAUCAACCUCUUCCUGAUGUUUUCCAACCGUUCAGCCAGCAUUGCAUUAAUGACUGUGGUGGCAAUUUACCGCUACUUCAAGGUGGUCCACCCUCACCAUCGGUUCAACCGUAUGACCAAGCGCCAGGCUGUGUAUGUGUCGCUGUUUGUCUGGCUGCUGGUUAUCAGUCCUCGGGUUCCAAUGCUGGCUUAUAACCACAUCAAAGGCAGUGGCAACAGAACCCAGUGCUUCUUCUUCACCUCUUACAAAGAGGCAUCCCGCGCCAUCAUCAUCCUGGUCGGCAUGCACCGAAUCCUGACAGUGCUGGAGUUCAUCAUCCCGCUGGCCAUGCUGCUGUUCUGCUCCAUCCGGAUCUCCAGCUUCCUGAAGGAGCGGCAGAUGGGCAAACCUGACAAGGUGCGCAAGGCGAUGCGAGUGUGCGCCGCCAUUGUCGCAGUGUUCAUGGUGUGCUUCUUGCCCACCACUGUGACGACUGUCGGGGUGUGGGCGGUCCGCUCAUACCGCCCGUGGGACUGCAACGCCUUCUACACCUUCACCCAGCUCACCAUUGUAUCUUUGGGGCUGAACUUCCUGAACUCGGCCCUGGACCCCAUCGUCUACAUCUUCUCCAGUUCCAUGUUCAGGAAGGCCCUCUGCAGCUCGCUGCCCCGUGCCCUUCGCUGUUGUCAGGACACAGGUGACGCGGAGAACAUGGCGUCCUCGUCAGGAACUCAGUCAACCAGCCAGCACGAACUGAAAUCCCUAAGGGCUGACAGAGGGAGUGAAGCCAUGUGAUGAGCUUUUCCUCCAGAACAGUGACUGGAUCAAGUGUUUAUACCUAAACCUAAAUUCUAAUUUCCUUGGUUUUUGUCAUAUUUUACUGAGUUAGUUUAUAUGAGUUAUGCCUUUUGUGUUUUUUAUUUCUUUUGUGAUGCUGGUAAAGUUUUGAUUGUAUCAGUCGGCUAUAUUUUCAAGUAUGAUCAUUUGUUGCACGUCCAUGUAAAUAUUCUUAAGACUCUCUGUAAAGCAGAUCCAGAGAUUAUUAUCAUUAUUUAUGUUUGAAAAUAGUUCCAGAAAACUGAUGUAAAGUCUGUAAACUCUG